AUGAAUUUAAAUCAAGAAGGCCGCGGCGCAGGCAUCUCAGGCAUCACCCGUUUUACGUCAGCAGCGCCAUCACGCGGCGAACCGUCGAACGUCGAACGCUCCCCCCAAAAAGCGCGGCCCCCCACGACCGCCUCCCCCGCACCCAAACGGCGCGCGCGCCAAUCCAAACUCGCCAAGGAGAACGACAUCAGCGCGGAAGAAGAGAACGAGAUCAAGGAGGUCUUCGAGCUGUUCCACGAGACGGUCGAGGAGUUCGCGGAUGAGAAGGAGGGCGUUAUUCCGAGGGAGGAUGUAAGGAAGGCGCUUGUUGCUCUAGGUCUCCCCCCCACAUCCCCCAACGAACUACAAACCAUCCUCUCGGCCCUCGACCCCACCAACACCGGCUACGUGCCCUACGCGCCCUUCGUGACCGUCGCGGCCGCGAAGCUGCACUCCCGGUCCGACGACUCAUCCGCCAUGCUCGCCGAGGUGGAUGCCGCGUUCCGGCUGUUCACGCGCGGCUCCGACGGUCCGAUCACCCUGGGGCAUUUGCGACGGAUAGCGCGCGAGUUGAAGGAGGACGGGCUGGGCGAUGAGUUACUCAAGGAUAUGAUUCUCGAGGCGAAUGGCGGGGUCGGUGUUAGUGACGGGGUGAGUCGGGGGCAGUUUAGGGAUGUUAUGGCGAGGGCGGGGGUUUUUUGA